AUGGCAAACGACCAGGCAUACUACGGAAGAGGGUUUAAGAAAUCCAUUUCUGAUACUCACUCGUGGAGAACAGUUGACAAUUCGUCCAAAUUCAUCACCUCGGUGCUUCGACCUGAUUUCAAAGUUUUGGAUGUAGGUAGUGGUCCAGGAUCUAUUACAAUUGAUUUGGCAAAGAAUUAUCUCACAGCAGGUGGAUCAGUGAUUGGAGUAGAACCAACACAAGAGUUGAUUGACACGGCCAACAACUUGAAGCAAACAACAGAACCGCAAUUGAACAAUGUCAAAUUUCAAAUAGGAUCAAUUUAUGAGUUACCAUUUGAAGACAACACUUUUGACUUUGUCCAUUCGCAUCAGGUAGUUAUUCAUUUACAAGACCCGGUGAAGGGGUUGAAAGAACUUGCUAGGGUCACAAAGCCAGGUGGUUAUGUUGCAGUCAAAGACGCCGAUUUGGAUUCAAUCAUCUCAUCACCAGACAAGUAUAACAUUUUGAAAGAAUAUUACGUACAAAAGGCCAAGAAUGCCAUUUCAACCGACGUAAAGGCUGGCAGAAGAUUGAGAGAAAAGGCAAUUAAAGCAGGAUAUGAACCACAAAAUAUCACCACAACUCAAUCGUACUGGUUAUUAGCUGAUGAUAAGCUGCUUAAGAAACAAUGGGCGGAAUUAGCUAUAAAUAGAAUCAAAACUGGUGGAGAGAUUUUGUUUACUAAAGAUGAGAAAAGGAGUGAGGAAAUGUGCAACGAAGCGAUUGCAAAGUGGCAUGAAUGGGUCAAUGACGAAACAUCUUUAUUCAACAUCUCUCACUUUGAAAUUGUAUACAAGAAGCCUGUAGACUUGAAAUAG